ACGGCUGGCAAGCUUGCUGCCGCCGAGGGCAUGAACGGGAAACCCGGUGAUGAAAAGUCCGCCGAGGACGCUUACCACCAAAACCAGGGGCCACCAUCGAACCACCUCACCGACGAUGCGCUGAACAGCCGGGAAGGAACCGGUCCCAGCAAGGACGCCGGUGGAAACCUCCACCCGGAGUCCGCCGCCGCGUCGACGGCAUCGAGGCGACGCAGCGGGGACGCACACUCUACGACCUCGACGAACCGCGACAGCGACCACGACGAAGACGACGAUGGGCUCUCGCGCGUGUCGACGCACGCCUCCAUGGGCCCCGACGGCGUGGCCGAGGUGGAGCAGUACAGCUCCUUCGUCGAGGUGCCCGAUGAGGUGUACGACCGCUUCUCGCGGCGCCGCAAGCUGCUCAUCGUGGCCGUCCUGUCGUUCUGCUCGUUCCUCGCGCCGAUGGCGAGCACGACGGUACUCUCGGCCGUCCCAGAGGUCGCGGCGGAGUACGAUACCACGGGGACGAUCAUCAACUUGAGCAAUGCGCUUUACAUGUUGUUCAUGGGCCUGUCGCCCAUGUUUUGGGGCCCUCUGAGCCAGGUGUAUGGGCGGCGGAUCAUCAACCUGACGACUGCGGCCCUGUUCUUCGUCUGCAGCAUCGGCACGGCGCUUGCGCCAAACCUGGUAGCCUUUUUCAUAUUCCGCAUCUUAACUGCGUUUGAGGGGACAUCUUUCAUUCUUGUGGGAUCUACUUGCAUCAGCGACAUAUACCGCCCUACAGAGCGCGCAACAGGCAUGGGGUGGUUCCUAUCAGGGACUCUAAUCGGCCCGGCCAUAGGCCCGUUCGUGGGCGGCAUCAUAGUCACCUUCCAGUCCUGGCGCGUCAUAUUCUGGCUUCAGACAGCGCUGGCGGGCACAGCCGUGCUUCUUGCCUUCUUCUUCCUGCCCGAGACGGCACAUCACAAAAAGAUCGACGACCUAGUCGGCUACUCCGGAGCGCGCAAGGCACGAGUCCUGGCCUCCAUGAUCAACCCGCUGCGCGUGAUCCGGCUGUACGCGUACCCGAACCUCAUGAUCACGGGGCUGGCAGCGUCGGCGCUGCUCUUCAACAUGUAUAGCCUUUUGACGCCGAUCCGCUACGUGCUCAACCCGCGCUUCGGGCUGACGACGCCGCUCCAGGGCGGGCUCUUCUACCUCGCCCCGGGCUGCGGCUACCUCGUCGGAACCUUUGUCGGCGGCCGCUACGCAGACUACACGGUGCGCCGGUACAUGGGAAAAAAGGGCGGGCAGCGCGUGCCCGAGGACCGCCUCCGGUCCGCCCUGCCCUUCAUGGGCAUCGUGAUCCCGGCCUGCACGCUGGCGUACGGGUGGGGCGUCGAGCGCAACAGCGGCGGGAUCCCGCUCGCCGUCAUUAUGCUUUUCCUCCAGGGAGUUGCGCAGCUGUUUUGCUUCCCGAGCCUGAACACCUACUGCCUCGACGUGAUGCAGAGCCGAGCGCCAGAGGUCGUCGCGGGGAACUACAUGAUGCGGUACCUGUUUGCGUGCCUGGGAACGGCCGUCGUCCUGCCCGCGAUCCAGAGCAUCGGAGUCGGGUGGUUCAGCACCGUCAGCGCGGCCUUUACCAUGUUUGGCGCGGCGGGCCUGGUCGCCAGCGUGGCGUGGGGCAAGAGGUGGCGAGAAGGGAUGGACGCCGAGAGGAGGAGGAAGAGGAGCGAGAAGAGUAAGCGGAGGGCCAAGGCGGGAGAUGGUGGUGAGUCGGGCGUCGUACCGUCAUAG